CGCUUAGGCGCUUACCGCCCCUCAUCGCCGUCCGCCGGCUCCAGCCAGUUCUCUCAGACUCAGACUCAGACUCAGACUCAGACUCACACUCAUUCAGUCACUAUCUCAUUCAGGAACAGAGAGAAAACAAGUAGAAAAUCCUUGCAAGGGUUAAACCAGACCACCAAAAUGGGGGGAGCAGGGAAGAUACUGAAGAAGGGAUUGGGAGAGAUGGGUCUCAACAGUGGUGGUGGCAACAUCAACUGGUUUCCCGGUCAUAUGGCGGCUGCCACCCGUGCCAUUAAUGCUCGUCUCAAGCUCGCCGACCUCGUCAUUGAAGUGCGCGAUUCUCGUAUUCCAUUGUCGUCUGCAAAUCAAGAUCUUCAGCCUCGUCUAUCCACCAAACUGCGUGUAAUUGCUCUCAACAAGAAAGAUUUAGCUAAUCCCAAUAUCAUGCAUAAAUGGGUUGAUUAUUUCGGUUCCUGUAAGCAAGAUUGUCUACCCAUCAAUGCACACAGCAGGAGCUCUGUUCAGAAGCUUCUAGAACUUGUCGAGCUGAAACUGAAGGAAAAGAUCGCAAAAGAACCUACUCUGAUCGUCAUGGUGGUAGGUGUGCCUAAUGUUGGGAAGUCUGCUUUGAUCAACUGCAUUCAUCAAGUUGCAUCAUCUCGUUUUCCAGCACAGGAGAAGAAGAAGCGAGCAAAAGUAGGACCAUUGCCUGGUGUAACUCAGGAUAUUGCAGGGUUCAAGAUUGCACUACGACCUAGCAUAUAUGUAUUGGAUACCCCAGGAGUACUGGUCCCAACCAUUCCAGACAUCGAAACGGGAUUGAAAUUAGCUCUGACAGGAUCUGUGAAAGAUUCGGUUGUGGGUGAAGAACGUAUUGCUCAGUAUUUGCUUGCUGUUCUGAAUACACGACGAACUCCCUUCCAUUGGAGGAAUGUGCAUGAUAACAAUUCAAAAAGCCCGCAAAACGGAACUGACGAUAAGCACGACUAUAAUCUUAAGGAUCUUCUGCCUAAAAGACGAAUUCUACCUGUUGCAUCUAACGUGCAUUACGUGGAGGGUGUUGCGAAAGAGGUACAAUGUGCACUAUAUUCGAGUCUAUCGGAAUUCAAAGGCGAUUUAGAAGAUGAGAAUGAGUUGGAGAUAUUGAUAGAACAACAGUUUGAAGAAUUGCAGAAGGCAUUGAAGAUAUCGAAUAAAGCAACAGAAGCUCGUAUGAUGGUAUCGAAGAAGUUUUUAACAUUGUUUAGGGCUGGGAAGCUUGGCCCUUUUAUCCUUGAUGAUGUGCCUCUUUAAUGUUAUCUUAUCGUCCCCUUUUGUUUUCUUUAGGCCAUCAAUUCUAUUUAGGUAUUUUCAUACUUCAUUACUAGUGUAUAUAUGUGUGGGCUAAAAUUGAUUAGGAAUCCAAGAACGAAACAUGGCAUAUUCAUUGGUAAUAUUGAUGUGUUAUUCAUCAUGAAUGUUGUAAUAUAUUCAUGAUGAAUGUGUG